CUUCUACUAGUUGUGCUCGUAUACCAACUCAAAAAAAGGCACCAGUAUGGUUAUUUUUUGAACUACCCUUUGAAAAAGAUAGCAAGCAAAAAGCCAAAUAUAGUCUGUGUGCUCAUGACAAAUAUCUUAUUAUAACCUGUGGUAGCACCACUAGCAUGCACAAUCAUAUUACUAAUAUUCAUCAUAUCGAUAUCUCCAAGACAAGCAGUUCUGAUGAUCUUAUAUCUAUAGAAAGCAUUGGUAAAGUGGAUUGCGUCAGAAAGUCUUCUCUUUGUAACCGUCGAAUCAAAAAGCUUCCGGAAAUUAGAUUAAUUAAAGUUUUGGGUGAUGUUGAAGUUCCCUCUGCAAGCACG